AGGAGAGAGCAGGGAGGAGAUAUUUGUCUUGAGGAGCAAUUGUGAACACUCUUUCUCAGGUGCCACAACACCUGAUGCUAAUUUUGGAAUUACCACGUUCAGUACAAUGGUACAAAUCAGGUGAAGGAAGAGAGUGAAGAGGUUUUAUGCUGGUACCUGCCCUCUGCUGUCAUAGCCAGCUAGAGAGACACCUCUGCAGAUACCAGUGACCUGGAGUAAUCUGGUCCUCAGUUAGGGGACAUUGGCAUUUGCAUCAUAGGUCAUCAUUUGAACAUCAAAAGACUGGAUUAAGAAAUAAGAACACAAUCAACAAACCUGUAUUCAUCCAGCUUGGUGAGAGAGGUGAACUUGAACCUUUGUGGGCCACACUGGGUCUUUUCAUGACUGGACCUUGUUAGGUGAGUUGGUGAAAUCUGGAGGCGGGACCACUUCCCAUGGAUCCCAACAUACCGGGGUCUUUCCUGUUUAACAACAGCCUGAACCAAUUUUCCUCGGACUUAAAGACACCUGUGUGUCAGUUCUCAGUGCCCAACUCCUUCUGCAAGCUCAACCCAGGCCUGAACAGCCAGCUGCAGGCAGCGGGCACAGCCCAAGGCAUUAGCAACAUUCUCAGCUGUUCCGUGAUGGGCGCUACAGGCACCACCACCCUGCUCUCUGGAUACCCCACCAUGGGGGGCUUUGGCACUGUGGACCCAGGGGUCUACUACAACUGUGCAGACUAUAACCCCUCCCUGGGCAGCUUCACCAAGCCUGGCACUGAGUGCCCCAUGAAGGGUCGCAGUGGCAGUUGCUGGGCAGAGAGCGGGUGCGAGUGGAGAGGGAGGCAGCAGUCCACAGACAACAGUGGGCAUCUAGGAGAUAUGUCAGGCAGGAAGAAGCACACCAGACCUACAUUCAGUGGACAUCAGAUAUUUGCCCUGGAGAAAACCUUUGAGCAGACCAAGUACUUGGCCGGGCCAGAGAGAGCUAGACUGGCCUACUCCCUGGGCAUGACAGAGUCACAAGUCAAGGUGUGGUUCCAGAACCGACGCACCAAGUGGAGGAAGAAGAGUGCCUCAGAGCCUAGCUCCACCCAGGCCACACGGGGUGAGCAGGGAGGGGAGGCCUCGGAGAACGAGGUGGAGGAUGAGGAGUACAACAAGCCUCUGGACCCCGACUCAGAUGACGAGAAGAUACGACUGCUGCUGCGUAAACACCGCCGGGCUUUUUCUGUACUCCACCUUGGACCACACCACGUCUGACACACUAACACAAGCGCACACACAAAUCAGAUGUGCAUGUUGUAGCAAGGGGUAUUGUUUUGUAGUAUAGACCCACAAUUUAAUAUUUAAGCAUGUUAAAAAAGACACAUUUACAAUACAGUAAGUUUAAGGAGAAAAAAGGGUAAUGGUUCACUUGAACUGUUGCCUUGACGUACAGCACUGUAUAAUGUAAACAGAGAGAUGUUACAUAUGUAAUGAUUGGUGAAACAGUUAAAUUGAGAAUUGAACAUAAUGAGUUUCAAUGUGGAAACUGGUUUACUGUUAUGUGGGAAACCCAUCAUGAUAAUCUGUUAUGAUGGUUGUAUCAAACGUGAAAGGAAAUUGUUUCUAAUGUAUAAAGACACAUUAUAGCAGACAAACUGUAUAGAGGAUUUGUAAAGCAUUGAUAAUGCAGUUUACAGUACUUGUUUUAUUUGUACAGAACAAACACAAACACUAUUUUGUUUUAUCAAAUUAAUUUGCUUGUUGUACUCCUAUGAUUCAAUGUGCAUUUGAAUUUGUUCACAGUCAACUGCUGUACAGUAACUAUGAACACAGAAUACUUAUAUAAUUAACCUUUAUUAAUUUAACUUGAGGGCAAUGCUGUUUUCAUACUGGCGUUGAGGGCACACAUAUCUCAAUAUAAGUCUUAACAUUCCAUUUCGAC